AUGUUGGACUGGAUGAAGGGGAACGAAGCUGCACAUGACGACUCCAAACUGCUCGAACCUCCUGAGACCCCGGGCCAUGUCUUCGCCAUUCGAGCCUUCAAAAGCGCGCUGUUUGGUACCCCCGGAGCAGAUGGAGAUGAGGAAAAGCCUGCGUCUCAGCCACAACAAUCCGACCACCAACGAAGCAAGAGUGAUUCGAUCAAGCUAGUGCCGACAGAGAUCAAAACCGACCUCAAACCAGCAGCCGAUGACGCGACUGUGAACCCCACGGGAUCUCCGACUAAAAGCAUUCUCGUCACGCCUGGAACGGCAUUGCGUCGCAAGACAGUGUCCUUUGGUGAGAGCGUUGUUGACAAUGAGGGGAAACGCCCCGGUUCGGCUAGUAAGCCUGCCAAGACGCCACCGAAUCCCUCUGGAAACCUCAGUAUCCAGUGGAUGUCCGGAUCCUCAGAUGGUAGUGGCAAGCCGCGGAGCAAACUCACCCAAACACUCAUGAACGCGCGCGAAAACGCGUCCAAGAACUCUGAGGCAGCCAAAGCCGAUGAGACCUCAGGAGAAACGAAAUCCGACACGAGUAGCUCUCAAUCGAAGGAGGCUCUCGACAAUGAAGAUAUUACUCUCAAUCUGGAAGACCCCCACUCGGAGUCGGGGAAAUACUGGAAAACCGAAUUUGACAAUUACCGCGUCAGGACCAAUCGAGAGAUCAAGAAGCUGAUUCAUUACCGCUCAAUUGCGAAGUCUUACGCUCGUAAGAAGGAUUCCGAAGCUAUGCGGCUGGCCGACAAGCUCAAAGAAGAGGAGGAAAAGGUCGCGGAAAUGGAAAAGCAGGUAUCACGACUUGCUUCUUCCAUGGUUGGCGAACAAUCAAGCGGCGACAAGGAGCAUUUGGUCCAGGACCUGACCAAACAGACUGCGCUUGCUUUGCAAUACAAGCAGCAGGCCACCUCGCUACGCAACGCUUUGGAAAAGCAUAACGUUGUUACCGAUGCGACGAAUCUCACAGCGAAGAAAAAGGAAGAGCCAACGCCAACCAGUCCCACAGACGAGCUUCACAAGGCACAACUCGAACUGAAACAUGCCAACUCCAAGAUCGAGGAAAUGCAGCGCCAACAAUCCGAACUGAGCACGCUACAGAACCUGGCGCAAAGCUCGGAAAAGAAGGCACAGGCACUUGAGCAAGAGAACAACACCCUCAAACAAACACUAGCUCGGGUGAAGCAGGAGAUGUCGCGAUACGAAGGUCGGCGUAAAGAUAAAGAAACCAGGCUGAAACAAAGAGAGGCGAGGCUAGAGCAGCGGAUUCAGGAAUACAGAGAAAAGCUCAAAUCGGUCACCCAGGAGCACCGCGAGUCGGAAGAGAAUUUGAGAAGCACAGCCGAUGCAGAGCGUCGCCAGAUGCAGAAGCAGAUUGACCUUCUGAAACUCAGGCUUGGUUCUGGCGAACGCUUCCCAACUCUGCCUUCCGCCGAGCGGCAAUUCCUUAGUCCGGGCAAAGAUCAUACAGGCGUUCAGGUGUUCGACUUUGCUGGGCAAGAACAUGAAGACACAGAGGAGGAGCCCACCGACGAUAUCGACGCUCCUCCCAGCCCAAGUCCGCGGUCCAAGGUACGCGAGCAACGGCCCGCUUUACGCAGUACUACAUUGGGCACCCUUGGCACUAGACGCAACCCUCUAAAUACUGCACCAGGCGAGGAGGAAGUCACGCAUUAUCUGAAACAAGUCCUCCCAGGGUCACGCCAUGAAUCUCACAAGGAUGAGUUGGCCCAGGUUCCCCCUUCAUCGCCUCCUGAUGUCUCAGCCCUCAAAACCCUCAACCGUACAUUCUCCAGACGCCGGCUUGGCGAAGGCCAGCGGACAUAUCGCUUCUCGAAUGUACCUGAGGAUGAUGACACGAGGAACAGCAACAAGCCAACACAGCGCGAGCGAACCCACAUCAAAUCUACCCUGGAUUCAAUCUCCGGUCUACCCUCUCGCAGCCGGUAUGCAGGCCAUACUAUCUCAGCGGGCGAUCGAAUAGGAAAACGACAAGGCCCACCUGAUACCAAGCGCGAAGCUCUUUCUCCUGAGCGCAUUUACGCUGCUAAAUUACGGCUUAGGCAAAAGGCGGCAUUCGGCAAGGAGAACGCGCGAGCGCACGAAUUAUUUAGUCACAAUAGGUGA